UCGCGACCGCGACAUCGAUUCCUUCAGUCACCCGCCACACACACCCCGUUGGCAUCUCGAUCUGCCACAUUCCUUCCUCUCCCUCCAAGGCUACCUCCACACUCCCGUCCUGUGUCUCUCUACAACUCCCCCUCGCCCUUCCUCAAAACCGUCGUCGAUCUCCUCCAAUCCAACCUCGUCGUCCCCAUGGCCGCCAAACCAGCCGCAGACCCCGGCAAGUCUCCCCACAAAGAGUCAGCGAGGGAGGCAAUGGGGAAUGAGAGUGGAGCGGCGGCCGUUCCGCUGCUCCGAAAGCCGCGGCCGGAAAGAUCCCUGGCUCGUCGGCACGUCCUUCGCGGCGCGAGUUUCGCCCUCGUAACCACCGCGCUGCUCUUCGUGCUGGGACGACCAGGGAUCAACGACGACGCCGUCAAGGAGCAGGGCUCCUCGUCCGUGGCGGGCGUGUACGGCGGCGAGCUCACGCCGCUGCAGGGGCACGUCGCCUUCUUCGACCGCGACAAGGACGGCGUCAUCUACCCCGCCGAGACAUACCAAGGGUUCCGCGCCAUCGGAGCCGGCGUUGCGCUGUCCGCCGUCGCUGCCGUCUUCAUCAACGGAGGCCUGGGACCCAAGACCAUACCGGAGAACGGGAAGACCCCACGUCUCAAGCUCCCCAUUUACGUGAAGAACAUCCACAAGGGCAAGCACGGAAGUGAUUCAGGCGUGUAUGAUGCCAACGGAAGGUUCGUUCCUGAAAAGUUUGAGGCGGUCUUCAAGAAGCAUGCCCAUACCAGGCCUGAUGCCCUGACAGGCAUGGAGCUCCAGGAGUUGCUCCAAGCAAACAGGGAACCUAAAGACUUCAAAGGAUGGUUGGGUGGCUUCACGGAGUGGAAGGUGCUGUACUACCUGUGCAAAGACAAGGAGGGGUUUCUCCACAAGGACACUGUAAGGGCAGUCUACGAUGGUAGUCUGUUCGAAAGGUUGGAGAAGGAGGGGAAGUCUAAGGAGUCUACUAAGAAGAAAUGAUAAGAAGAUCAUAGAGAGCAUACAGUGCAAGAGUUUGUAAAUUAUGGGGUGUUGCAGUGUGUGUGGAUCAGUAAAUCAAUAUCCUAGUUUUUAUUGAUUCUGUAUGCUUGUCCAUUGUUUUUUAUAGCUAUCCUAGAGAUUCUAAGUAUAUUGAAUGUAUUUUAUGAAUUAAGGCAUGCAUUAGUUGCGAAUUGUGUAAUUCUCCCAUAUUCUUAAUUCACGUUUCAGUGCCUUUUAUUUUCAAAUUGUUUGUACUUAAUAGACAAUUGACGUAGCUGUGCAAUGCAAUAUAUUCCUUCCA